GUUGGGUACAAUGCGAAAGUUACAAGUUAGUGACUCUGGAUCUCACUUAAUAAAUAAAAGUGUGGCUAAAAUCAACUACAUUGUGACCUAAAUGGAAUUCAUGAAAGAGGAGACUCACUGUAUGACUUAUUUCAGUAAUUUGCAAGCACAAUCUUUUCACAAUCUACACGUUAAUUUAAACAAUCACUACGCGAAUGGCCGGCCGUUAUAGUCUGGGCUGAUGUGUAGGCGUACCCUGCCUGAUAACAUUGUUUUCCGUGAUCCCGUUUACAAAUCAUGAAAACCAUUGAAAACCCGGAAUGAGAAUGUUUCCAUGAUCAAAGGAGGAAGAUACCGAGAUGUCCACACAAGAGCUGUAUUGCAAGGGUGCCCGGGUGUGGGUACGUGACCCCGACAGUGUUUGGCAAGGAGGGGAGUUGAAACAGGACUACAAAGAUGGAGAUAGAGUUGUCAAUAUUGAACUGGAGGAUGGAAGUGAGAAAACCCUUCAACUGAAGAACAAAACUGACCUUCCUCCUCUGAGGAAUCCAGAUAUUCUGAUUGGUGAAAAUGACCUGACGUCUCUGAGUUAUCUCCAUGAGCCUGCAGUGCUCUUCAACCUCCACGAACGCUUCAUUCAAAACAAUGCCAUUUACACUUACUGCGGCAUUGUACUGGUAGCCAUCAACCCUUACCAGCAGCUACCACUUUAUGGUGAAGAUGUCAUCUACGCCUACCGAGGUCAGGACAUGGGGUCCAUGGACCCCCACAUCUUUGCCGUGGCUGAGGAAGCCUUCAAAAAGAUGUCCAGGUUUGAUCAGAAUCAGUCAAUCAUCGUCAGUGGGGAAAGCGGAGCAGGAAAGACUGUGUCUGCCAAGUAUGCCAUGCGAUACUUUGCUACGGUGGGCGGUUCCUCUGCUGAGACUCAGAUUGAGAAGAAGGUACUCGCAUCCAAUCCUGUCAUGGAGGCCAUCGGUAAUGCCAAGACGACGCGCAACGACAACAGCAGUCGCUUUGGCAAGUACAUUGAGAUCAGCUUCAACACUCAGCACCACAUCAUCGGUGCCAACAUGCGCACCUACUUGCUGGAGAAAUCACGGGUUGUCUUCCAGGCUGAAGAGGAACGCAACUAUCACAUCUUCUACCAGCUGUGUGCCUCAAGCCACCAGCCUGAGUUGGCACAACUCAAACUCGGUCACCCUGAUGAGUUUUUCUACACCAAUCAGGGAGAGAGUCCAACUGUAGACAGUAUUGACGAUAAAGCAACAUUUGAAGAAACAAAAGAUGCCCUGACAUUGCUAGGUUUUCAGGAAGACCACAUGACGCAGAUAUUCCGGGUAAUUGCUGCUGUCUUGCACUUUGGGAAUGUUGACAUCAGGCCCGGCGAUCAUGAGAGCAGUAAAAUAGAGAAGAACAAUGAGAGUCUACCAGUCUUGUGUGAGUUGUUGGGCAUCGAGGAGGUACAGAUGAAGAAAUGGCUCUGCAAUCGCAAGAUUAUUACAGUCCGUGAGAUCCUGACCAAACCGCUCACCGCAACCCAGGCUGUGUUCUCCCGAGACGCUCUAGCCAAGAGGAUUUACUCAGAGCUCUUCUCUUGGAUUGUGUCUCAAAUCAACAAGAACAUCCAAGCCACCUCUAAGGCCAAGAACUUCAUCGGUGUGCUGGACAUCUACGGGUUUGAGAUGUUCACCAUCAACAGCUUUGAGCAGUUCUGUAUCAACUAUGCAAACGAGAAACUACAGCAGCAGUUUACACAGCAUGUCUUCAAGUUGGAGCAGGAGGAGUAUGUCCGAGAGCAGAUUGAAUGGUCCUUCAUCGAUUUCUAUGACAACCAACCCUGCAUAGACCUCAUUGAGAAUAAAUUAGGCAUUCUGGACUUGCUGGAUGAGGAAUGUAUGCUUCCCAAAGGGUCGGACGAGAACUGGUGUCAAAAGCUGUACAAAAGCCUCAGUAAAAGCAAGCAUUUCUCCAAGCCGCGGAUGUCACAGUCUGCGUUCAUCGUUCAUCACUUUGCCGACAAGGUGGAGUACCAGUCAGACGGCUGUGUAGAGAAGAAUCGCGAUAACGUCAAUGAGGAACACAUCAACAUACUGAGAGGAAGUCAGUUUGAGUUUGUAGCCGAUCUUUUCCGGGAGAAGAAGGCAACUCAGGAAGUGCAAAGAAAAGCUGUGGUGAAGCCAGGCAUUGGACCAGCUGUGAAAGGCCAGAAAUCCUUCAAAUCAUCUGUCGGUAGCCAGUUUCGUGAGUCGCUCCAGUAUCUGAUGCAAAAGUUGAACUCGACCAUACCUCAUUAUGUCCGCUGUAUCAAGCCGAACGACACCAAGGCAGCAUUUGAGUUUGAGCCCAAGAGGGCAGUAGAGCAGUUGAGAGCUUGUGGUGUGUUGGAAACCAUCAGGAUUAGUGCGGCUGGCUACCCAUCCAGGUGGACCUAUGCAGAGUUCUUCACUCGUUACCGGGCACUGAUGAAACCCAAAGAAGUCAAUCGCAAAAACGUGCGGGGGACCUGCGAGAAGACACUAGCGAGAUUGAUACCAGAUCCUGACAAAUACCAGUUUGGUAAGACCAAGAUCUUCUUCCGAGCUGGCCAGGUUGCCUACAUGGAGAAGUUGCGUGCUGACAAGCUGAGAGCAGCCUGUGUCUUGAUGCAGAAGACAGUCCGAGGUUGGGUCCAGAAGAAGAAGUACAUGCGCCUACGCUCAGCCACUAUCAUCGUACAGAAGAUGGUCCGAGGCUUCUUGGCAAGGAGGUUAACCAGGCACAUGCGCCGCACCAAUGCCGCUACCUGCAUCCAGAAGCGAUGGCGGGGUUACCAUCAGCGGCAGAAGUAUCUCCACGUCCGUCAUUCCAUCGUCACCAUCCAGGCCUUCACCAGAGGCAUGUAUGGUAGACGGUACUACACCAAGGUGCUUCGCCAAGCCAGGGCCACAACAAUACAGAGGACGGUGCGCGGUUGGUUGGCUAGGAAACGAUACCACAAAGCAAGGAAGGCUGUGAUCCUGCUUCAGUGCUGCACUAGGAGAAUGUAUGCCAAGAGAGAACUCAAGAAACUCAAGAUUGAAGCUCGCUCGGUUGAACACUUGAAGAAACUCCAGAAGGGUAUGGAGAAUAAGAUUAUUUCCCUGCAGCAGAAGGUGAAUGACUUGACCAAGGAGAAGAAGGAGAGAGAGGAACAGGAAGCAGUCAUUGAGAAGCUGCGUACCCAGGUCAAGACCAUGGAGCAGACCCAGGCAGAAUCCGUCUCCCUCAGCAAGAGGCUAGCUGACCUGGAGCGGGAGAACGCCAAGCUACGGCAGGAGCUAGACCAGACCAUCCUGGAGAAAAACGAACUCCACGAUGAGAUGGGCAGAGUCCUACAGGAGCACAAAGAGGCUGUCAAACAAUUUCUCAAGGAGAAAGACAAACAAGAAGCCGAAAGCGAAAAGUUGAGGAAAGACCUGCAAGAGAAGGAGAAUCAGUUCAAGGAGUUGGAAGAGAGCUCAGAAGAGCGCAUCAAGCGGGAGGUUGAAGCCGCUCUGGAGGAGGUCCGUAAGGAGCUAGCUGAGGAGAAGGAACGGCACCAGAGGCUUCUCCAAGACUACUCACGAAUGGAGCAACGAUGCGACAACCUUAAAGAGGACCUGGAGGCGGCCCAGCAUCCACCCCAGUAUGCGCAUCACGUACGGACAGACAGUAGCGAGGGAGGGGAGUCAGGGUAUGGGACCCUGUCUACUAAUCGAGUUGAGGACGUGGAAAGUGUGGAGGAUGAGAUACAGGAGCAGGGUCAGGAAAAGGCCAGUAUGGACAUGAACGUCUUCCUCAAGCUGCAGCAAAGGGUGCGAGACCUGGAGAAGGAGAAGCGACAGUUCCAGCUCAAGUUGGAGAAGAGCCAGUCAGACUCCAGGACGCGGACCAGCACCAUUGAGGGGGACCUGGAUGCAUCGAAUGCUGAGUUGGUUGCUUACAAGGACGAGAACAUGGCACUCAAACAGGACUUGGAGAAUCUCCGGGACGCUGUCAAAAGUAGCUCACCUGAAGAUGAUAUCUUGACGGUGCUGACCAGCCAGGUGGCGGCAUUGGGUGAUGAGAACCACAAACAUAGACAGGAGAUACUCAGGUUAAAGACAGAACUGACCAAUCAGCAACGCCGAUGGGAGAACCGAUACAAUGGGGAGGAUUCUCCCGAUGGUGGUGUCAGCAAGGAGAAAGAACAUUUCAUCGAGGAAGAGAUUACUUCGCUCAAGGAUGACGGAAACAUAGAAGUGGCCUACAAAUCUCUGAAGAUGACAAACCAUCUGUUUGCUGCCCUCAAUGCCAGCCAGACUAGCUUGCGCGACACAGUCUCAAAGUACGGCAGUCUGGCCGAAAAUCACAAUGACCUGCUGGUAGGCAAAAUGUUAAGUGUACCAAGCGCUUCAGAAACGAGAAAAUCUGAAAUUUUAGAGAAAGAAAUUCAGGCGUUGAAGAAGAACCACGAGGUUGAGAUUAAGCAGUUGAAAGAAGCUUUGGAGAGUCUGAAGAAGGAUAAUGAUAGACAGCAAGAAAUCAUCGGACAGAGUCUUAAGAUGACACCAGAGGCUCGUAUCAACCAGACAGUCCAGCAUGAGAUAUCAAGGCUCACUAAUGAAAACCUGGAUCUUCUGGAGCAGAAUGAGUAUCUUGAGAAGCAGGUGAGGAAACUCAAGAAACAACUCAAGGUGGCAUACAGGAGAGUUACCAGCACCUUAGAGUCAUCAGCCACACCAACAUCUCUGGGCGAAACGCCGGCUGCAUCACACCUCUCGGCACCAGCCAACAUCAGUGACACGACUCACAUCGGGCCGGCCAACGUGAGGACAAAAGAACGAGAGAUCCAGGGCAUGCUGGAUUACAGACAGGAAGAUGACACCAAGAUCAUUAAAACGAUUAUCAUAGACUUCCAACCCAAGACUGCAGAGAAUCUGUUACCAGGGUUACCAGCCUAUGUCAUCUUCAUGUGUAUACGGCAUGCUGAUGAUAUCAACGAUGAUCGCAAAGUCAAAGCGCUGCUUACAGGUGUCAUCAAUGGAAUCAAGAAAACUGUCAAAAAACACUUUGAGGACUUUGAGUAUGUGUCUUUCUGGCUGACCAACACGAUUCGUUUGAUGCAUACACUCAAGCAAUACAGCGGUGAAGAGAACUUCUGCAAUCAGAACACACGUCGGCAGAAUGAUCACUGUUUACGGAACUUUGAUCUGUCGGAGUACCGUCAAGUCAUGAAUGACCUGGGAGUUCACAUCUACCAGAUGCUGGUUCACAUCAUUGAGAACAAGCUGUUGCCAAUGAUUGUCCCUGCUAUGCUUGAAAGUGACAGUGCUGGACUUACAACAAAACCCUCAGGUUUGAGAGGUCGGAGCGCUAGUAUGUCAGCCGAUUAUGAUGGACAGAAAAUAUCAAUAGACUCGUUAAUUAAACAGCUCACCACGUUCCUAACAGUCAUGAACAAUCACGGCACAGAUCCUGAGGUGGUCAAGCAGGCUAUCAAGCAGUCUUUCUACUUAAUAACUGCCAGUACUAUCAACAACAUACUACUCAGAAAGGACAUGUGUCAUUGGUCCAAGGGUGUUCAGAUCAGAUACAACAUGAGCGAAUUGGAGGAAUGGCUACGAAGCAGCAAACUGUUUGAUCACCGAAUGGAAGAGACCCUGGAACCAUUGGUCCAGAUAGCUCAACUGCUUCAGGUCAAGAAGCGAACUGACGAUGAUGUCACGCUGAUUUGUGAGACAUGCACAAAGCUUACCACAACACAGGUGGUGAAAAUUCUGAAUCUGUACACGCCUGACGAGUAUGAAAAGAAGACAGAAGUGUCGUUCAUCCGAAAGGUUCAGAGCAAGCUGGUAGGAAGGAUGGACCCUAAGAAAGAUGGACAACUCUUGAUUGACACCAAGUACACGUUCCCUGUCACCUUCCCUUACAAUCCAUCCUCGGUACUACUUAAUGAGAUCACCAUUCCUGACUCUUUCAAAUUGGACUGUGUCAAGCGAGUAUGAAGGAAUUCAGGCUUGUAGUUCGCAACAUCGUCCAUCUUCCACAGUUGCUGUUCUUAGCAUUCCGUCACUUUACUGGCCAGCUGAAGUCUCCUUCCUGGGAAAAUAUGCAUGUUUGGGAACAUUCCUUUAGAUUUUUGAAUAGCUGUUUUGCCGCCUUUGCUGAAAUUCUUAAAUCGGUACCCAUUUGCAGAUAGGAUGCAUUCAUAAACCUCAUCCACACAAAUACCCAUUCACAGAUAAGAAGCAUUCAUGAACUUAAUACACGCAAAUACGUGUAUCUUUUGAUUGGUCAGUUAGUGAAGUCAGCGCACUCUAGAUGCCCAGUUGUUGGUUGCUUCCACCCUGAAUGUGAUACACUCACAGCUGUAUUUAGGGAUCAUUCCUACCACUGUCUCCAUUUCCAACCCCCCUUAAAAAAGCAAACUGGAUUAAAAUGAAAGCCAGAUAAAGAGACUUUUUUUUAUCUUGGUUAAGUUGUGGUUGAUGUUAAGCCACUAAAGUAUCCGUCAGUCGUAACUUGGACUAUGCAAGAUUGGCAUGUUACAACUUACAUGGAGAGUUUAAGUUGACAAAAGGAUACAAUGCUGCUCAAGAAACCAAGAUCGGGCCAUCGAAAACUAGAUUCAUGUAAUAAAAUAGCUUUCCAAACUUACACCUAAGACCACUCCAUGAUGGUCACAGAGCAACUUCAAAUGUUCUCACUUAUUUGUUCUGUCUCGUAUCACAAACCCUGGAUGUCCCUUGACAAGUUGCAGAAUCCUAGCUUGUCUCAUACACAUUUAGCUCCACGAAGCAUUCACAGGUUUUGCACAUUGUGUCCUUCAGUCCAGAACACUGAACCAUUCCACAUCUUGCAAAGUCUAACAGAUUUCUGAAGAUUUCUCGGGGCCAAGGAUGGUAGAGCCCUGUUAAUAUUGAAAACAAAAAAAUAAAGAAUGUCUUAGUUCCUCGCAAAAGUGGAUUGUGGACUUGAGGUUACUUGUUAUGUAAUAAGUGAAUAUGCUAACAUUAGGCCGUCUCCACACUUUAUGUCUACAUGUAAAACACAGUUCAUUGUGAUAGCACUUGAAAGCAAAAAUUAUAGCAUCACAUAUCCCCCAAAAUGGAAUUACUGAAGGUAUAAAAUGGUGUGCCCAUUGAGCUGUAGCCAGGUAGGAUUGAAGCUCUUACCAGGUACAGAAAACAUUCUUCAAGUUUUCUUGUGGAAGAAGAAAGUUGAAGCAAUAUAUUUAUGGCUUCUGGGAAAGUGACAGGAACGUCUUGUCUUGGAUGUUUCCAUUUUUUGUAUUCACAUCUUCAUUUCUUUUGAGGCUGACAACCUAUCAGAGCGUAAAAAAUGUAGAAAUAGAAAUUGAGCCCUUCAAGUUAGUAUUCAUGAAUCUAGUUUAAAAUGAUAAAAGGAGCGUAAAAGGGCAGAGGGAAAACAUGGACAAUCUAAGUUGCGUUGGAGCCCUGGAAGACAUUCUGUGAAGUUACAGGGAGCCUUGUGCAUAAUGACAAGUCACAGAGUUGCUGGAUAUGAAUGAAUAUCACAAAUUGGCAAUUGAAACUAUUGAAAAAGUUGGCUUGACGGUAUUCUGGUUAUUAAGGGGACCAUUUCCUCGGGUAGAUAAUUUCACAUAGCAUUGAAAUUAAAAUUAUUCCAUGUAGGCUUUCAUGAAGUAAUUUCAGUCAUGUGAUAAAAAAGGGUGAUGUAAUUUUUAUGAUAAGAAAUUGAAGUGUUCGAGAAAAUGUGACCUGCGCUCUUAGUGCGAGAAAUAUGUUCAGCAUGGAAGAGUCAUCCUGUGAACAGUUCCAAUUGUUUUGACCUGCUCGGAUUGGAGGUGUGGCAUUCUGGCUGUUCUUUCUGAGAGAUUACUGCAGCUUUUAGUAAUAAUUGCCUGACACUCGGAGGUUAAGCCACCGAGUAUCAUAUCCUAGUUAAUGCCUGUGAUGCUUUCAUCCCUCGUUUUGAGAGAGUGUGUCACAGCUGACAAGUUUAUUUGCACUUGGUGUUUGUGCUAUACACUGGUUAGUGUCCCUGUAAAUGUACAUAUUACCUACACUGUAUCAUGUAAUUAUUAAGCUGUUUGUGUAUACAUUUGUCAGAUACUAUUGCUUUGAUUUGUUAUUGAUAUAUUUGGUGAAUUGCAAGAAUUAUUUUUUCUACUUAUAAGCCAAACCUUUGUUGCACAUGAAACUCAUUUUUAUUGUGGGAGAUUAAGUUUAUAAAAGCGGUAAAUUAAUUAGCAAAUUUGCUUGGUAAGUAGCAGUAAUUUGAGGAUAGCUGUGCUAGUAGAAAUAUAUAUAUGUCUACAUUUUUUACCAAAAAAUUGGACUUGUGGCUUUGGCAAAACAGUUGAAGGGUAAGCCGUGUCUGAAUCAACCAGCUGUGGCUAUGAGUAUCAUACCUGCCUAUGGGAACUAGCUGUGGCCGUUAGGCACUGGCACAUAACACCCAACAAUUCCAAAAAGAUGGCACUGGAAAGCUGGUGUCCUCCAUUGUCUGUGUGUGAAACCAGGAAACAAGCUCACAGUUGGGGAAGAAAAAUGAUAAAAUCAUUUGCGGAAAAUGGAAUUAGCAUAAAAUUAAUAGUUGGUGUAUAGAUUGUGUAUAAGAAUUUAGAAUGGUACAUAUUAACAAUUGCUUAAAUGUAAAUAGUUUAUUUGUUAUCAAAAUCAUGUUCAAAUAGAGUAAUAUAUUAAUUGCCAUUGGUCAUGGUUAAGUAAAGCUUCUGACUUGUUAAUCGGGAUAAAUCAUGCCAAACCUUUUCUAAAGAACUUCCUUGAAGGUUGUUUGUUAGCACACUUUUUGUUUUUGUAAAUCUCACUGACAAAUCUGAGCAUUUGAUUGGUUGGUCAAAUGAAACACACUCAGCUGAUUGGUUGUAAACAUUUCCCUGAUACGAUGCCAUGAGAGCUAAAAGUUCAAAUCAAAAGUUGAAGUUUUUAUUCCACACGUUCUCCAGAGUAGAUUGGUGCAGCAAAAAUCAGAAAAAUAUUUAUUUAGUCAAAAUCUUUAAUUGGUUUUAAUUGCUAUGAGUGAUAAACAAUUAUACAAAAGCUUAUAAUUCAAGUAUAAAUAUAUUUAAGUUACGCAGAUGUAAUCAUGUAUUCAAACCAUCUUUGUACCAUUUGCAUAAUUUGUCUGUCCUACAUCUGUCUUUGUUUUUUCAACUGAAAGCCUACCCUAUAACUUGAUAGCAAGAAAUACUGUUCUUUUCCAGUUCCCAACAAUUUUUUUUAAUUGUAUGUCUUGGUUUAGUUUCAGGGUUUACGUUGAUGCUCCGUUUUUUGACAAGUACGAGCCCACUCCUUUUUGUUAGCAUCAAUGUGUAUGCGCCAUUGUUCAAAUGAUAUAAAGUAUGAACAGCUUAGAUAUCAGGUAUGAUAUAAACGGCUAAAUUCCACAACAGAUGUAUUUAUAGUUGAUGGCUGAGGCAAUAAAAAUGUUCCAUAAAACUGAGAUUGGA